CCAUCGGCGCUCGCGACGUACGGACGUGUCGCGCGAGAGACGUGUGACCGCGCACGGCCUCCUCCGGUGCUUUCUCGGGCGGACAACACGAGCGCGACGAGUACGCAGCGCGGCGGUCGGUCGGGUUACGGUAAAAUUGCGCCGCACGUCGCCGCGGUACGCGGUAGGACGUGCAGUCGAACCGGGUGUGUCGUGUGACAUUCGUCCACUGCAGUGCGUCGAAAGUGCGCGCGUGAGAGAGAAAGAGAGAGAGAGAGAGAGAGUUUGACGCGCGAAGACAGAGAGAUAGAGACGGUAACGCGCGUCGGUGUCCUUUGUGUGAUUCAUCCCCAUCCGCGUCCGCGUUCGUUCGUCGAAACUUGGCCGCGUAGCGACGUGUCGUGCACCGCAGCACCGAGCGAGACCACGCAAAGGGAACGAGAGGACGCAGCGGUGAGAGAAAGAGAGAGAGUGAGAGGAGAAGGAGCAGAAGAGUGAAGACGGUGUGCCGAGGGGGCUCUCUCGUUCUCUCCCUCGCUGGUCGUUGAUAUCCAUCGGUUGCGGCGCGUGUUACCUGAGCCCGUAAGAGUUUCCCCCGUGCGGGGAGCUUAAGAAUCUCCUUCCAUCUCUUCCCUGUUCGGCGGUGCGUAGACCUAUCUCCCAACAAGGCCUGUACUACGCUCGGUCGCAACGUCGCCUCGCCUCGUCACCGACGCUCCUGGACGCUCCUCGGGAGCCGCAUUUACCACGCAGCGUAUAGCGUCGAAGAUCGAGAAGGAGAACACGUUGGGUGAAACGCAGCUACGCGCUCGACCGCAGGCGUAACGGGUGUCUCGGUGUGACGAGUGACGCGAACGUGCCAUGGAAUCGUUCGCGGAAUAGCGGCGUCCGGGAAUAGGAAGAAAGAGAGGGAGAAAGAGAGAGAGACUUGUUCGCUCGCUCGCGAGACGACGCCGCCGCCGCCGCCGCGUGACCGGACCUUACCUUACCUUUUCGGUUUUCGUCGCGGCGCGGUCGGCGCGGAGAGCCCUCGCGAGAGGAGAGCGAGAGAACGGGGUCCGCCGGUGAUGCCCGACGACGAGCUCCCGUAUAUAUCGCGGAAGGUGACACGGCGCGUUUGUGCGUUGCAGGAGUAAACGGCCCGGCGACCUCGCGCCAGCAACGAGAGUGGGACGAGACCGAGCCGGCGAGGAGAAGUGCUGCUAAAGGAAGUUCCAUCCCGUGAAAUCGAGUGACGGGUCAGGUGUUGGAGCUGCCAUCGAUCUCGCUGCAGUCAUCGGCUAUGUCGCGAUGGGGCUCAAGAUAGAAGAUCGGUGCGAUGGAGCCUCGUGGAGCUGGCUUCGACUAUGAGUUGAGGCUUCGUAAUUAAUCGGGACUGGCAUGGAGAAGGAGAACUCCGCAUCGGGCGGAGGCGGCGGGGGUGGCGGGGCUGAAGCGGCGGCGACUCCGGGCGCCACCUCCACCUCCGAGAAACUCCAGGCGGACCAGGCCAAUCCGUUGCUCGAUCCUGCUGCACUCUUCGGCGCAUACUGGCCCCGGGGCGACAGCGCAGCGUCGUCCCUCUUCGGCGGGAUGCCGGGUGGUUACGGCUUGGGCCACCAUUUGCCAUCAGCAUACGCUAUUCUGGGCCGAGGGGGCUCAGCGCCCGGCUUUGGGGGUCACACACCAGCCUCGGCGCCACCCCCGUCCCCUUACCCCCACAGCAGUCUCGGUACACUCAGCGUGGCUGCCAGUCAAGCUGCGAGUCUGGGCAUUACUCCAGCCAGCGCAGCAUGGUGGACAAUGGCCUCUCAUCUGGCGGCGCAGGACUACCUCGCGAGGCUACAAGGAGCGGCAGGACUCCCCGGAUUUCCGCCCGGUGCCGAGAGCCUCCUGCCACCCUAUCCCGCCUCUCUACUUAAUCCCCCCCUCUCGUCCCACAAGUCCAGUAAGUCUAAGUCAAGCAAGAGUCACAAGACGCCAGCUAGCAGUAGUAGCUCGACGACGCCGAGUAUGACGAGCAGCAGUUUGCCAGCGGUAUCCACCCAGGCACCGGUGACGUCCUCUCAUCACAGCACCUCGGUCAGCAAUACGCCAAAUUCGCAAACGAACGUCGUCAGUUCUGCGAAGGAAGGAAGUGAUCCUAGUAGUAUAUUGGGAGGCGUGCGUCUACCUCCCGACACGGAGAUCAUCAAGUACACGUCGAGUAUAGUCGGUCCGAAGGUUCCCGGGACGACGAACCGUGGCAGGAAGAAGACAAUAUCCUUGGACACUCCCAGCGUCAGCGUGCACCCGCCGCCCGUCUCCGCCCUCAGCGCGCAUCAGACGAACACGACAUCAUCCGCGUCGCUGAUGAUGGAACCGAGGAAGUACAAUCGCACGGGGACCGACUCGCAAAGCGAGUAUCGAGACGCGGUGGAUCGCGUGGAGGUGAUCAAGCUUCCGGCUCAUUCGACCAACGGUUCCGUUCUGUCGGCGCCGCCGGCGUACACUAGCGGCAGCGGCAGCGGCAGUGGCACCAGCAGCAACGUCAGCAACAAUGUCAACGACUCGGACGCACCUCUGAACCUUUCCCUGAAGCCCGCCACGACGAGUAGUAGCUCGCCGAUUUCUGGUAGUCAGCCGCUCAGUCAGCUCAGUAAUUUAAGCCAAUCGUUACUUGCCUCCGAUCGAACGUCGAGGCGAAAGCCAGGACCCAAGCCGAGAAGAGUGCCGCAGAACUCGGUGCCGGUGCCGGCGUCGCCUAGUCCCUCGUUGGCGCAGCUGUUCGCCGCGGCGGAUUCGCCGCAGCGGCCGAGCAGCGGAAGCGAGGAAAGCGAGAGCGCGAGCACCGCCACUCACCAUAAGGACGGUAGGCCGCGGAAUCUCGGUCGCGGCGUGUCGAAGCCCAAGAAGAACACGGUAGCCUCGCUGCUGGCUCAGAGCAGAGCUCUGGGGAUUAAACCGACCCCGACCUUGGAUCCAAGUGUGCCAUUGUCUCACCAAGUGUCGUUGCUGAGGUCAAAUAUACUUGCGGCUCAGUUGCACGCUUCCGCUGCUACCGGCCAGGCUGACGACAAGAAUCAGUACUAUCACUUGCUAACGAAGAUACAGAAGAAGAAGCGACCUCGACCAAUUCGUGCUUCGUGGGCGAGGAGCCAUGAGAAAAUGAAGAACAAAUUACUGGAGGCCUCGGGCGAGGAGAGCAAUAUGGACGUGACCAGCGAGAGCGGCAGCAACACCGACGUCGUCAGCGACACCGACGACGACAACGCCGAGGGCAUACCCAGCGCGAAGAGGAGAAAGCUCAGGCCCAGCGAGAGAGACCUCCAGAUGCCGCUGGAGCGUGGCUGGAAACGUGAAACGGUUAUCAAGGGACUCGGAAAGACGGGAGUGAUAAAAGGCGAGGUGUCGUAUUACAGCCCCUGCGGGAAAACUUUUAGGAGCAGUCCUGAUCUAGUGAAGUUUCUGGAACAUCAGAAUCCGGCCGAGUUAACGACCGCCAACUUCUCGUUCUCGUCGCGGCCGCUGGUCGGAGAAUUCUUGCAGCCGACGAUGGGCCUGGCGGAGACCGACUUCGUCAGACUGCCCGCCCACGAGGUGGCGAGAAGGCUGGAGGAGCUCCGAGCGGCCAGUGGCUUCAGGGACGCGCGCACGAACAAUCAGUAUGAAAGGGACAAAUUGGCUUACGCGAAGAAACUCGCGAAGGAGGAGGCGCAGCGGCACAAGGAACAAGCUAGGCUUAUUAAGGAGCAGGAGAAAACGGAGCGGCAGGAAGCCGUGAGACGGGAACGGGAGAUCAGGAACCAACAGCUGCUCGAGGGUCGAAAGCGGCUCGCGUUCACGAUCAAGCAGAAAAUGAAGAUCAUCCAAGAGAUCGAGCGCGGCAAGAGCAAGAGCGACGUGGCUCGCGAACUGGGUCUGGCGAGCAGCACGGUCGCCACCAUCUGGAAGAACCGCGAGAGCAUCGCCGAGAGCUGGCGCAACCGGGACAUGAUGCAGCAGACGGACGUCGAGGACGUGCCGUCGAAGAAGCCGCCGCCGCCGCCGAUGUCGUCCCUGUCGUCCGCCGCGUCCUCGACGACGGCGGCGCUCUGCACGCCGGCGGCGAUGACGACGACGACGACGUGCUCGAUCACGACGACGCCGCCGUCGGUGUCCGGCGUGGUCGUGGCACCACCGCAGGUGCAGGUGGUACCGCCGGUUCUGCCGCCGCCGCCGCCACCACCGCCGCCGCCGCCACCCCCCCCGCCGCCGCCUCCGCCCUAUUCCACCCUGACCCUGCCGCCGCCGUCCUCGCAGCCGACCGCGCCGAUCUCCUCCCCGUCGAACCCGUCGUCGACCACCACGUCGACCGGCACGACGACCACGACCGUGCCGCCGGACAAUACGCAGCAGGCUCAGACCCAGACGCAGAGCCAGGAACUUCUGGAGGCGCGGAAAAAACGGCAGGAAGAGGUGGAGAAGAUCCGACUGGAGGAACAACAAAGGAAGCAACAGGAACGGGAGCUGAAGAGACAGCAAGCGGUCAUGCUGAAGGAGCAGAUGUUCAUGCAGGAGCUCACCAAGCAGCGCGAGAUGUACUACACCGUCGAGCUGGAGCGGGAGAGAAGGAGACACCACAUGACCCUGGUGCGAGCAUUAGAGAACCGUCGAAAAAUGGAGGAGAAAGAGAAGAAACGCCUGGAAGCCAGGGCCGAGAGAAUCGCAACGAAAGAAAAGCGGGCGGAGCAGAGAAGAGUCGAGAUGGAGCUGAUCGAACAAAUUCGCAAGCCCGUAGAGGACAUGGAGCUGACAGAUCACCGACCACUGCCAGAACUCAAGAGAAUACGUGGACUCAAGCUCUCCGGGCAAGCGUUCGCGGAUAUCGUCAUGGUCUUCGAAUUUCUGCACAAUUUCGGGGAGACUCUAGGAUUCGACAUGGAAUCGCUACCAAGCCUCAAGAGUCUUCAGCUCGCUCUUCUCAACGACGAGGAGGCGGAGGAGGAGAUGUUGUCGGUGAUGACGCACUUGUUGGUGUGCGCCAUUGAGGAUCCAGGUAUUCCGCAACCGGCUAGGCACACUACAGGCCUGGGUCAAAGUCUACGUCAGGCCGACAUCACUCAUGCAAAUAUCAGCGAGGUUCUGCGAAUCUAUCUGUACGCGAACGCGACCGGUGAGGUGAAGGCGCUCACGGGCGUGUGUCUCGAGCGUGAGCGCGACAAAAAGUUUGCCGAUCACCAUCAGAACGGCGGCGAUUACGCGUCGACCUGCUCGGGGAAGAACGCCCAGUUCUACGAGCAUCUGCAUAACAACGAAACGUGGAAGAUGUCGGAAAGAUUGCGAGAUAAGCCUUUCCUGGCGUUGAAUCCAACGCACAAAGCGCAGAUGCUCGCUUUCCUCUGCAACGAGCUGCUGCAAAACAAGGCUGUGAUCAGACAGAUAGAGGGUAGCCUCGAGACAGUGGCUCAACUGAGGAAGGAGAGAUUCGUGUUGGACACCAAGAUCAGGAAGCUCCGACAACUGCAUGGUCGAAAGGUCCGGAUGGAAGCUGUGGGCGUCAUCGUGAACAAGAUCGGUGACACAAUCACUAUCGAAAAGAAGGAGGGCGAGGAGGAAAGCAACACCACGUCCACCGCCGUAGGCACGACACCCACGCCGGACGAGAUUCAUCACGAGGACGAAAUAGAAGACAUGUCCGAGAACGAGAGCGAAGGCACUCAACCAGAAGAGGAGGAAGAUAAAAAUUUGUCUGGUGAGGAAUUGGGCAAGAAGUUGGACAAGCUGUUGAAACAAUCGGAGGAGCAACUGCAAAAGCUGAACAGCUCCUCGAAGCAAUUGCGAGCGCACAUCUUCGGCCAGGACAGGAAUUGGAGGAGGUAUUGGGAGCUAGCCUGCUCCGGCGGCAUCUUCGUAGAAGCCAUGGAGAGCGCCGAACCGGAGGUACUCGAGCUACAGGCCGAGCUAGACGAAAAGUACAAAAACAUGCCAGUGGAGGAGAAGUCCGACGUGAAGCAAGACGGCGAGAGCAAGAGCAACCAUGAGAACCGUGAGAACGAGGCGCCGAACGAGGUGAGGGAUGAGAAGAAGCACAAUUCGAGCGAGCAGGACGAAGACAUGAAGUCUCAUGGGGAUAGGGUGAAGUCCGAGGUAGAGGAGAUCAAUUGCAAGAAGGAGCACGUGCAGAACUGCGGCUCGGACAACUCCGAGAUCGUGAAGGAGGAGAAGAGGAACAACGACGUCGACAGCACGAUGACGGAUGCGAAGACGAACGUCACUUCUGAGGAGAUAAAGCAGGAGACCGAGGUGAUGGACGUUGACAUUAAGCCCGAGGACAUGAAGAACGAGGAGAUAGACGAGGAUACGCCGAAACCUCUGGUGAAGACGAUGGAGGACAAGAUCGUCGAAACGAUCCCGAACGGCGACAAGUUCAAUCACAUCAACAAUCUGCACAACGGGAAAGAGCUCAACGGAUCCUUCAUUUCUAUCAUGUCGAUCAUUUCAGACGGCAGUAACGCCGAACCCAAUUGGUUUUCCAUUUUGCCGCGCGAGACUUGCGACAUGCCGGGACCGAGCACUAAGCAGAUCUUCGGCAUAGCCGAGCCGACGGAGCUCAGAAUACCCGUGUUCCCGCCGCCAGCUAGUCCGAGUUACGAUAGAUGCGACAGUCCAGCGCCUCUGAUUUUGACUCAGGACGAAGCGGCGCAAUUGGAAUACUUGAAGGUGCACGGUUUACCACCUCCUGGCGAGGCCAAACCGGUACCAAAAGAUCUGAGGCAUGGUUGGUGGAGAAUAACGGACAUUGACACGUUCCAAGAGCUCCUCGAGCAUUUACACUCGCGCGGAGUCCGCGAGAAGGAAUUGAAACGCACGACGUGGGCAACAAUGGAGUCUUUCCUGGCUGUAACCGGUAGGAUUAACGUCGAUUCUGGCAACGUCACUGCCACGGAGCUUCAAGCGGAACCGGACGAUCCGAACACGCCAAUUCCGAAACCAGAUAAUCCGAGCGAUUGGAGCGAGUCGGUGGCGCUACGCGUAGACGCUCAGCUCUUGGAGCAGGUGGAAGCGCUUGAAGACAAAGUGGCUAACGCUAGCAUGCAGGUGAAGGGCUGGAAGCUUCCGCCGCGAGCGGGAACCGAGGAGGCCGAGGAGAUUGAGAAGUUGAACGAAAUGGAGAAGAUUAGCGCGGUCGAGCAAGCACGGCAAAGGCUACUUUCUUUGGAAGCAGCUAUAGAAAGGAGAUACUUGAAACCACCCUUGGGCGUUUGCACGGGAGAUCCGAACCUGGCAGCCCUCAAGGCGGAACAGGCGGCGGCCGCUAACGCAAACUCGAACAACUCCGAGCAGAAUAGCCAGGCGCCCGCGCCGCCAGAGGAAACAACACCACGGGGUCUGAACACCUGGCGGGAGGCGACCGCGCGAGCGCACACGUCCGCACAGCUCGCCAUGGCGCUCUACAUGCUGGAGUCCAGCAUCGCAUGGGAUAAGAGCAUCAUGAAGGCUGUGAGUCUAACAACAGCUAGAAACUCGGUCUGCGCCAAGCUACGAAACCGCUGCGUCUCACUCAAAGCUACCAAUCAGUACAAACAGCUAUUGACUACUUCUCAGACCUCUAAUUGCCAGUUUUGUCAUAGCGGGGACAACGAAGAUAAGCUACUGCUCUGUGAUGGCUGUGACCGUGGCUACCAUACUUACUGUUUCCGUCCAAAAAUGGAAAACAUUCCUGAAGGCGACUGGUACUGUCACGAGUGUAUGAACAAGGCAACGGGUGAACGCAAUUGUUUAGUGUGCGGGAAGCGGGCGGGUAAAAACCUGGUGCUGUGCGAAUUAUGUCCCAGGGCUUAUCACACCGACUGCCAUAAUCCCGUCAUGCCAAAAAUGCCGCGAGGAAAAUGGUAUUGCUCGAAUUGCCACAGUAAACAACCAAAGAAGAGAAAUAGUAGUCGAAGGAGUCAUACCAAAGGGGGAGGCACCAGAGAAAGUGAAAGUUCUGAUCAUCCGCCAGCUAGUCCAACGCCGUCAACGGCAUCGAACACGCACGUAGAGGACGUCAGUUCGUCGGAACCGGCAACUCCUACUGCCUCGCCACGGAAGGAGGGUAACAAUCGGACGCUCACAAAGAAGCAACAACGAGAGCUGGCGCCUUGUAAGAUACUCCUCGAACAGUUGGAGCAGCAGGACGAGGCCUGGCCGUUCCUCCUGCCGGUGAACACCAAACAGUUCCCGACCUACAAGAAAAUCAUAAAAUCCCCCAUGGAUUUCAGUACAAUUAAGAAGAAGUUGCAGGACUCCGCGUACAAGUCUCGCGAUGAGUUUUGCGCCGAUGUCAGGCAGAUAUUCAACAACUGCGAGACAUUCAACGAGGACGACAGUCCCGUGGGCAAGGCCGGCCACGGGAUGCGCAGUUUCUUCGAAAUGCGCUGGACCGAGAUCACCGGCGCCGCGCCGCCCCCGCAUCCGCAAACGCAUAGCUGAGGCUCGGUACGUUCGCGCAACACCUGCAACAGCUUUGCCCACUUCUACUACUAGGAUACGCGCCACGUCAACCGCCACGUCGUAAACCGACAGUCGUCGAAAGGGACUGAUCCACCGCACACCUCCACUCGCUUCCGAGCAUCAUGAUAAUACAGUCGGCCUCGUUCUAGCGGCCGGUCGGACUUUCCAUUGUAAUAAUAAUCGCCACGAUACCACCACGGGUACGCUCGCCUAUCGUAUCACUCAUCCUCAGCCGUAAUCGUAAUGCGCGGGUGCGUCUCUCCCCCCCUCACCGUUUCACAAGAUGCUCCGGGUAUACUUGGGUGCUGCGACACGAGUGUCUCGUACUUUUGUUCUCCCCCCACCCCCUCCGUUAGCACCCACGGCGCGGGUCUCGUGAAACUCACUCACUGUAAAAGUAUUAGUGCCGAGGGAAACGUUCCUCUGAACCGGUCGGACGAAUUCGAAUUCCGGUAAAGACGAAGCUCUCGGUAAAAGGUGCGAGAAGCCUCUUCAUCACCCUCCGGGGAUGACUCCGGUCCGCGGUAACGGGACGCUUCUCGGCAUCGACAUCGUGAUUAAAUCCGGGAUAUAAGGAGCACGCGCGCACUGUUUCGCAUCCCCGCCGAUCGGGACGGGGCAGUGCUGCGUAUGGUCAUUGUACUUAUCGAUAAACACGCGAACUGUUUGCCUAAGCGAGUAAAAAAAAAGUGUAAUUUGCGAUUGUAUCAUACAGGCUUAAUGCCGGCGCGUCGGCGUCGGCGAAAGAAAUAUUUUGCAAAGUAAUAAAUGUGAAAAAAAAAACAGAGAGAAGAGUUAUAUAAAUAAAUAUAAAUAUGGAUAAUGAGAAUAUAUAAUGUAUAUGUAUACAGAAUAUAUGUAUAUACAUAUAUAUUGUACACGUCACACGACAUACACUCACAUAUGCAUCUUUGCCCACGGAUGAGCACGAUAAGGGUAUUAUUCGCCGUAGAGAAGUAGAGUAGAGACAGAGGCGAAGCGAUCGACGAAGCUGAGACAUUUUAACCGAGGAGAAGAUCCCAACACACCGUUUCGCAGAGACCACUUUGGUCUCUCGGUCACUUUAUCUUUCAUAUCGAAAUUUGUUGACUCGUGAGUAUACGAAAAAAAGGACGCACGAAAUAGGCAGGACAAGGCUAGACGAGAGAGAGAGAGAGAGAGGAGGAAGAGUAUAUUCUGUAUCAGUACAAACACAGCGAUAGAGUAUAUCGGAUGACAAUGUGUGUCUCUGUUGUAAUUGUUACGUUGAAUCUGGCGAAAUUAAUUGACGGAGAAUUGUCUGUUGUAAACUUUUCUAAAAGCGAGGAAAAUUACUACUUUUAACGUAACGUAGCGUGCCGGACCUCUUGCGUGCGCUCUGCACGUUGCACGUUGUCGUGGAUAAAAGUGCGAAGAAGACCCUCCGCAGUCGUUUUCUCGUCCGCUCGAUUUUGCGCAACGCGACGCAACAAGAAUAUUAUAUCGUUCUGAGCGAUGUGCGUUACAAAUAAAUCCAAAAUUAUUCACUGCCGUUAGAGCUCACGAGAGUCGCCGCAUCGCGUUAAAAUCUGCAGGUCGAAAUACUUAAGAUGUAAGGAUGCAGAUCGUUCAUCGAUUCGCCACGGACAAGCGCGCCCGGCCAUUCCCAUUUUGCGUUGCAAGUCGAGCGUCGCAAAGGUUCCGCAUCGAUACACGUACUUGCAAAAGUUCGACCCUGAGGGACGGCGUUGCCGGCAGUAUUGCCGUCUGAUUGUUUGGUGCGUCCGAGUAACGCCGUUUAAGAGAUCGGACCGUCGUUGGAGAGCGCGCGGCGAGCGCUCUCCGGGGAAAAUGAAUUGUUCGGAAAGUAACGAGCGCGAUUGCGUGUUUUCAGUUGUUCGAAUCGUCCUCGAGGAACACGCUACGUUUUUGUUUGCCACGGCGCGUAGUAUUAUUACGAUGUAAGGAUCUAUAUCGCGAGUUCGACCGCGCCAGGUUGCGACGACGGAAACCGAUUCAUUCCCUCCCGCUGGCGCGGAACUCCCCGAGAGCGACGAUCGGCACUCCUGAUCGGCGUCGGUCGUCUGGAGAUCUCUCGAAUCAGACGCGUCGUCGUAGCUUCUCGACGACGCAGUCGUCGCAGAACGUACGCGAGCAAGAGAUUAUAGUAUGUUGCGCUGCGAACGAUCGAUGUCGGAUGGUAGCGAGUUUUUCAACUGUAAUCAGCCGUGGUACCAUCCCCCGCCCGCCCCCCCUGCCCUCCCCCCUCUCAUGCGACCGUUUUACGCGAGACGGUGUAACGACGAUGUAACGAGAGUGUCAACGCUGUAUCUUGUUUUGUAUGUAAUUGAUGUACAUUACUGCUCGUAAUAGCAAUUAGUUGGUAAUAACGCAAGGGAGAAAGAGAGCGAGCGAAAGAGGGAGAGAGAUAGAGAUAGAGUAAACUGGGGAAGAGGGAGUUCAGUCGUAGUGUGAUGUGCUAAAUAUAUGAUUACGGUUUAAAGAGAUAAAAGAGAAAAAAAAAACAUUCGUAGCGUGUAAAAGUAUUAGCUAGAGUAUAAAUGCCAGCGCGGGCGAGUGACUACGAAGUAAAAAGUAAUUAAUAUCGUUCAGGAUGCGCGACUGAAGUGCAGCGUAAUUUAGGGACGGACAACCGGUAAGAUCGCUGACGAGACUGCGCGCGCGCGCGUUGUUGACCGUUUACAUUUUUUUUUCCACGCUGUCAUAACAAAAUGCGUCAAAUAGCAUCGUAUGAGAAACUUCUUCUCGAUAUUGAGAACAAUUUUUCAUCUCCAUGCAUCCCGUGAAAAACGAAGGAUGCUUGUGCGAGAGAUAAUCUCUCUCGAAUUUUAGGAAUUCGUUAAUUUAAUUUAGUAAUUAAUACGUGUAUGUUGUGCAAGUUACAAGCUAGAACUAUUGACAUUAUGUCGCAUUAAAUUUUGUGGGCCAUCAGUGUGGGCAUUCAGCGAAUUAUCAGUACACGGAAGUGGCGGAAGAGCGAUUCCAUUUUCAUAUUUUUCUUUCAAUUUCCAUUAAUUUAAACAUGACAUAAAGUUUGUCCUGUGUAAUUUCGUCGUAUAUGAAUGGGAAUUGUUAGCUCCCGUAACGGGGAGACACAACAUGACAGCCGAUUUUCGUUUCAUGCAUAUAUCGAUAUUUAUAUACAAUAUAUAUGCAUAUAUAUCGAUGUAAAAUAAGCGCAGAUUGUGGGGCAUUUUGUCGAUCUUACCGAUUGUUCUUUUUAGAGAGAAAAGAGACACGCCGUGCCCUUUAAAGCACCGCGCCUCGCACCGUCAUACAGUAGCCGAUGCGUUUAGACAUCCCCAUAUACAUUCAAACGACAAACCGAUACAACAACAGAAACAAAUAAUUUUUUAAAAUUCAAUUAUUAUUUAAAUAGUACAGUGUUACAUUGUUAGUACGAAUAACGACGCUUUUUAUACGAAUUUUAGUUUUUAAACGUCGAUCUUACCGAUAUAUAUGCACAUAGUAUACGUGUAGUACAUAUAUAUAUAUAUAUAUAUAUAUGUAUGUAUGUAUAUGUAUACUAUAUGUAUAUAUACAAUAUAUAUAGUAUAUGAUAAUAAUGAGAGACAAUGGUAAUAGUAAUAAUAACUGAUAUCGAUUAAUGGAAUGGAUAAAGAAAAACGAAGGAAGUGCAUGGAAGGAGAGAGAGAGCGCGAGAGAAAGCGAGCGAAACGAGAAUGAAAGCAGCAGAGAGAAAGACAUGAGAAUGCGUGCGCGCGAAUGGGAAGAAGAGUGAGAGAGAGAGAGAGAGAGAUGUUUAAGUUAGAUGAUUGUUUGUCUAUAGUAUAUACGAAGGCAUACGUUAGGUAGCCUCGACGCUAUUUAAACAGACUUAAUUAAUGUAUUGCAAAUGAAUUAAUAAAGUGUAAGCGAAGCGUGUAUCUGUA